AUGACCCCGGUUCCAUUCGCGCAGUACAUCUCGGGCCUUUUCACGGCAGCCACAAUCUCGCCCACGGCAGCCACCACGUCCAGCACAGCCCUGGCGAAGUCAUUCAGAAAGAUACCAGUCUGGAUUGCUCUGGUGUGCAUCAAAGGCUCUUUGAAGAGCCAGUGUUUGGAUCUCCUCUUUAACACGUAUCUCUCCUUGGACGAUCCAGCGGGCUUUGAUGUCUGCUCUGAUGACUAG